CAGAUGGUGUUUCAUCUCAACAAAAAGCAUCGACGAUCAGAAGCUCCUGCUCUGCUUGUGCUGUAUAUGUCCAGUUUUACUUUUUCUGUGCAAGCUGGCUUCGGAGACCGCCUGCCAACAACCUCUGCACUCGAGCAGUCUUACUUCCCCCCGACCCCCGCUUACGCCGACCGAGCCCUGGGUUCGCCCGCCGGCUCCGAGAGCACGAGGGCCUCGCCGGCAGCCACGGGCGAUGCUCUGGGGACUAAAGCGAGUGCAGACUGGGACGGGUUCGGGGCGGCCGGGCCUGGGAGAUUAGGACUGGGGGUGUCGGGGGGACAAGGGGGUGCGACAGGUGCUUUGGGUGCCAUCGAGGCAGGUGAGCCAGGGGCAAAUGUGCCAAGUGGGUCAGAGGAGGAACAAGCAGGGGGAGUAGGAGUGGAUAGUACUGGUGAGAGAACGGUAACGGAAGCAGGCGAGACGAGCAAGAUUCCGUUAGGCAGCGAGGCCGACGACGCUAUUCCGGGAAGGGCCGGCAUUGACUACCCUACGCUGGCCGCCGUCCCGGAUACGGGCUUCUCUUGCGGAAACUACGGUUUGCCCGGUUACUAUGUCGACACAGAAGCCGAGUGUCAGGUGUUCUACGUCUGUCAGGUGGAUGGGCGUCAAGAUGGCUUCCUGUGUCCAAACGGAACAAAGUUUAACCAACAGUUUCUCGUUUGCGAUUGGUGGUACAACGUGGAUUGCGCGAUUGCCGAUUCGUUCUUUACUAUAAACGAAAAGAUCUACGCGGGACCCGGAAGCCGCGCCAUAGAGUCCUCCGACCAAGAUGUCGGCGACGCGAGUCCAGGCGAGCAGCUAACCACGGCCGUGGGCGGUCUCCGGGAAGAGCCUUCGGGAACAGAGGCGCCAAGAGGCGAGUCCUUCGGCGACGUUACAGUCCCAGCGCCAGAUGCUGACAGCAUCGUCGCUCCAGGUAAUUAUGACGGAAUAAGCAGCGAUUAUAAUGAAGGGCCUGACGAUGGGUCGGGGGGGAGCAGCACUACUGUGGGAGCAAUACGCGAUUAUGAAGGCGGAAGCACAGAUUAUGACAGAGUAGACACUGGCGAGCUCUCAAGCACUCAAAACAGUCUGGGAGUUCCUGGUGACGGAUCUCAAGGAAAUGAUGAUUCCUACCUUCCUCCGAAUGAGUUUUUUCCCACUGAAGCCGUCGAAAGCGUCCGCGGGGCCACCGGAGAAGGCCUUACACAAGGAAACAUUACUCCAGAUACAGGAUAUGGAAUCCCCAGCGAAUUUCCCACUUUGUCACCUAAUUGCAGAGGUUCUGUGAUCAACGAAGCAAAGGGAGAGCUCGAUAACGUAACAUCGUACAGCUAUGCUCUGUCAGACGCGAAGACAAGGGCCUCUCUCAAAGACGACGAAGAGGACUUCCCGGCAACUUCAAGUGCGUUUGACGAGUCAACAACCAUCGAAGCCAUUCUCAGCUAUGCUGGCAAUAACGCUUAUUCUGGAUAUUCCUAUCCCGAGCCCCUCAACCCACUCAAUUUUGAGAGCGCCAAGACUACCGUUGUUCCAAAGAGUUCAACCUUCGUUUCCGCCGCGGGUACCAGGAACGAGAGCGAGCCGACGUCAGCACCGGUCGCUGCGUCGCCACUGACUGCGGAAGGCUUCGUGAAUGGAUCCAAAUAUUCGCCUCCUGCUUGGACGCGUGAAGUUUCUCUACUCUCCAACUCCGCUGGCGGAGAGGUCGUUGCCUCUCCAACCGAAGGCAGAACCAGUGGUACAAGAGCAGGUACUGGAAACGGAUAUAAUGGCUAUUCUCAUCCAGAACCCGCCAAGCCUUUCUUGUUGCCUGGAGAAAGCCCAGGUCUUCCACCGUCGGAAACUUACCUGCCUCCGCCUGCGCGUUAGGUGCUCUUUGGACUUCCCUUUCCUAGUGACGCUGCAGGUGUGUUCCGUGGGAGCAAGAGAUAAACACCAGGACACUAGAAUCAUCCUUACUGCUUUAUGAUCUGGUGCAUACUUUAGAAAACUUUCUAUCGGUUUAUUAAAUACACGUGUAGACAGCAGGUUAGAUAAAAAGUCUACGACUAAUUUACUGUAAUCUACUAAUAUGUGAGAAUAACUAAUCAUUGUUGAUAUGUUACACCAUAAUUCAGAAGGAUUUUCCUCAAUCGGAACUCAAAGUAGACAGGCGAAAUUCUUUAUUAUAUCUUGCCUUGCUCCACUACCGCUGUCUACUUUACAGAAACUAUAAACUCAGGAAUUCAGUUUUGCAAGAUAAUUAGUUUGCCACGUAAGUCUAAACAGUUUUAUUGAUCGACUCGAUCACAGUUAAAUACUUUACUAAGUAUAAGCUUUACUUACAACCACACAACUUACUUUUGGUUUGUUAGACAUCACACGUCUGCCUAAUCCCGUAAAGAUCAAGUUAUCUAUUAGCACAUGAUCCGUCGACAUAUGCGUAUACGCCUGGCCUAUUAACAUUUCCUUUUCUCAGUCACCCGUUUUUCUAUAUACAGUCUAGACUCAUCCGUUUCUAAUAUUUUACUGAAGACACGGCCAUGUAAUUAUAAUUGUCGGUUAAGUUAUAAGUUGUAUAUAAGAAAGGAGGGUUAAUACUAAUAUCAGUGAUAUUGUUAUCGACAACUUUUUUAGAUCACUUCAUCAAAGAUUCAAGUUUGUCCCUUCUGCGUUAUGAUCAUGCUUAUUUAUUUAAUGAUUAUAUAACAUUUUAAGCCUUGUAUUAAUUACUUUCAGCUCACUCCAACUAUUGAAAUGAAUAAACAUAAUAAAUGCCAUUUUAUCGAAUGUCUAUUGCGUAUACGUGCACAUGAGAAACAUUAAACGCAAUGAAAGAAUGAAGUUCAAGUUCCGAGGCUUUUGCUGGCGGUCUGCUUCGCCGUCCGUUAACUUCCCUCAUUUUAAAGAGAUCGAAGAUCUCUCACUCAUGGAUAUUUUACUGAAAGUUAUUUCGUAUACUGCAAGCUUUUUGGACUAUUACACUAUAUUUGGUUUUGUGCUUCCGAGAAACAUGCUUCUGAAAUUAACACAUUACGAAAACUUAAAUACUUGCAAGGGAUGCAUACAUAAAAAGGAAACGAAGCCAAAUUUUCACAUUAUGUAUUAUGUACAAUAAAAUAACAAAAUAUCUCUGUACAGACGUCCUCCCUACAGAGUGAAAUUUCAUACAGUGCUGGCUGUGAUACAGACUAUUAUAUAAAUGCACAUACCACGACAUAAAUGCAGAGAAUAUAAGUAAAUGCAACAUCUCCAUGUCAACUGCCCAAUGACUUGGUGUAAACUUUGCAGAUCUGAUAGAUUGUAGUUGUCACAGACCAUUGCUUCUUUUAGACAAAUUGAUUCCUAAAACUUAUUACUUGUAUGGCAUCGAUUUAGUGUGGUUUCUUCCUAUGCUGAACACCUUGGGAUGAAAACACAAAAUACUACAACUCCAACCACUUUCUCUCUUUAACAACAAUGUAGUGAAGGGGAAAUCUUUUGUAUAAAGAGGGUAGAGCAAAAGAAAAAUCAAAAGUAGAUCUUCUGUUCAAGAUUACAUGUCCUGAAUAUAAACAGAUUAUUUUCUAAGCAUUCCAUCUCUUCCUGCUUCUAUCAAUAAUUCUUAACUGCAGUUCCAGUAAAAAAAUAAUAAUAAUAAUUACAAGUCUUACCUACCUAUAUCAGUCUGGCCACCCUUCUUAAAAAAGAAUUUUAAAAAAUCAUUAAUUCUAUAC